UGGCUGCUGCUGCACCGCCAGGGACAGCAGCAGCAAGAGCACUGCAGCAGCACCUCAGCUCCUGUCCAGCCUCGUCUCUCUCUCUGGAGCAACAGCGCCAAACCGGCAGCAGCAGCAGCAGCAGCAACAGCAGCAGCAGCAGCAGCAGCAAGUUGUUAGUCCUGCUAGAUCUGCAGUCUCCCACGCUGGCGAGGCACUUCAAAAGCUGCUUCGCGCCGGCCCUUCAAGGGCCCCGCUGCCCUGUGCUGCAGCAGCAGCAGCAGCAACACUUCAACGGCUGCGUCUCCUGGAGCUUGAGGACAGCAGCAGCAGCAGCAGAAACAGUGCAACAGCAGCAAGAAGCCGCUGAAGCUGUGCAGCAGCACUUCGAGUGGAUACGCACAUACCGCUCAGCGCUGCUACUUAUGCUGCAGCAGCUACUGCUCCAGCACAGGCUUCUCCGGGCAGCAGCAGGUGCUGAUGCGCCGAAGCCUACAGCAGCAGCAGCAGCAGCAAUUGCUGCUGCUGCUGCUGCUGUUCAUUCAGGCCAAAUGCCCCUUAAUGUCGUGUACAGGGCAGCAGUUUGUGCUGCUGUAACGGGGCUGCAGCACACUGCUGCUGCUGCUGCGCUGCAUGCAGUGGCCCGCACUGCUGCUGCUGCUGCUUCUCAGUCGUGGCUGGGGGCAGUGGCUCUUGCUGUUGAGGCAGAGGCGGCUGCUGCUGGGCUGAAAGCAGCAGCAGGCACAGCUCCAGCAGCAGCAGCAGCUGCUGCUGCUGCUGCUGUUGCAGAGACAACAGCAACAGCAGCAGAUGAGGAGCUGGUUUCCGCCCUUGCUGCUGCGGUGCGCCGUGCCCACUGUUGCUGGAGGGACUGUUUGCUGCAGCUGCAGCAGCACCGCAGCAGCAGACGCAUGCAGCAGCCGCGCAGCUGCAGCAGCCCCCCGCCUUUGCCGCCUUUAGCAGCUUUCGUGAAGGGCCGCAUGCAGCUGCUUUCUCUGCUGCACUCCUUUGCUGCUUUCGCACUCGAGGGGCUACGCCAUGCAGGCAGCAGCAGCAGCAGCAGCAGCAGCAGCGAGGGUCCCCCGUGCUCGCAGGCAGCAAACGGCGGUUCUGAGUUUGCUUCAGCGGCGAAGAGCCCCCCUGAGGACGCUGCUGCUGCUACUGCUGCUGCUGCUGCUGCUGCUGCUGCUGCUGCUGUUACUGAUGAUGCCUUUUCUGCUCGCUGCCGAGAGCUACAGAACUUGCGAGAGGCAGCUAAGAUGGCUUUGCACUCCUUUCAGAGCCAGCUGCAGCUGAUGCGCAGCUGCUGCCAGACCACGAAGCGGCUGCUGCUGCUGCAGUGCUGCUGCUGCCGCACAGCUCUGCUGCUGGCGUCCUUUUGUUUGCUGCGCGUGCUUCUCUGGAAACAGAAGCAGCUCAAGCGGCAGCAGCAGCAGCAGCAAGGGGGCCACACGGACAAGCUCGCAAGCGCGAUUGCCUCUAGCAGCAGCAGCAGCAGCAGCAGCGAAGACAGUGCCUCACUUUUGCUGCAGGCCAUUGACGAGCUAGACACAGCAAUAGAAGGGCUGCAGCAAGGCCUUCAGGGCAUCAGCAGCAGCAAUGCUGCUGCUGUUGACCUGCGGGGGCUGUGGCUCUGCGCGUGUGCCGCUGCUCCUGCUGCAGCAAAGCAGCACUUCCUGGCAGCAGUACGCAGCAGCACCAGCAGCAGCCGCUGCAGAAGGAGCAGCACAGAUGGAGCAGAAAAGCCCAAUGAACUGCCUAAAGCUGGCAGCAUCAGCUGCGAUGGCAGCAGCAGCAGCAGCUGCUGCAGCAGCAGCUGCGAUGCCUCUGCAGCCAAAACACCAGCGAGGCCUUACUACUUCUAUGAAGAGCUGCUGCCGCUGCUGACAUGGCGGCAGCUGCCAGACCCAGCAACCAAGAAAGCAGCAGCAGCAGCAGCAGCAGAUCAAGCAUCUGCAGAAGAAGAUCCAACAAAAGGACUCCCUGCAUCCCUUCUGCGAUGGCUGCUGCUGCUGCUGCAGCAGCUUGUCUGCUGCAGCUGGCCGUUGCCGCCCCGCAUAUUUUCUGCUGCUCCGCUUCCUUGGGUUGCUGCUCAGGCAGUCGUGGAGGGAGACGCAGCAGCAACGCGCCUCGACAAUUUGCUGCUAGUCAUUUCCGUCUACGCGGAGCUGCGCGGCGCACCGGCGGAGACGCUGCAGUCCUGGCGGUGGCUGGAGCUGAUCUUUUCUUUUGCUGAGGGCGGCGCGGAGGCCCGCGAGGAAUUCCUUCGUCCCUGGCGGCCCCACAAAGACCCCAAGCGUGUGGAGUUGCGCCGCUUUUUAGUCCCCGUGAUUCAGCCCUUCGUUCCAUCCAACAACAACUGCAGCAGCAGCAGCAGCAAGCCGAGCCGGAGGGUGGAGGCGCAGCGCUGGGGGCAGCAGGGAGUGGCUGGGCAGUGGCUGGAAUCCCCCGUGGUGCGGCACCGCUGCUGCCUUGCAAGCAGCAGCAGCAGCAGCAGCAGCAGCAGCACGUUGUGCGUGGUGGUGGAGGCGAGGCCCCUUGACGGCAGCCUGAAGCCCCUGGGGGAGGUCUCCCAGACAGGAGUGGUGGCGGACCAGCCGGAGCUGCAGGCCCUCGACCUCUGA